UCCUGGAAGCAUUGUAAUCGGUAAUCGGCGUUCUGUGCAAAAUGCAAAACUUUCGCGACUAGAAACGAAUUUAUAGAUCAAUAAAACCAAUUAACUUUAUUUAUAAAACUCUAUCUCGAGUGAAAAUCAGCUGGCCUGGAAGCUCACAACGUUAUUUAUUGCAUAUAUAUUCAGUUUAUACUAAAGUUCAGCAACAACGAAUAUUAAAAGAAAACUCUUGUGAAGGAAUAACCGUAAAGGGAAGACAUUUUUUGCAAACGAACAAAAUAAGCUAAAUAAUGAGUGAUCUGAAGUUAACUGUGGCUCUGACCAGCGUCAACGGGGAGAAUAUGUCCCGCCACGACAUGCUGCAGUGGGUCAACACCAUGGUCCAGGGCCACUUCAAGAAGAUCGAGGAGCUCUGCUCUGGUGCCGCCUACUGCCAGAUGAUGGAGAUGAUCUUCCCCAACUGCAUCAACAUGAAGCGUGUAAAGAUGAGCGCCAAGCUGGAGCACGAGUACUUGCACAACUUGAAGCUAUUCCAGAGCGCCUUCAAUCGCUUAAAGUUAGACAAGACAGUGCCCAUCGAUCGCCUGAUUAAGGGCAGAUUCCAAGAUAACUUCGAGUUCCUGCAGUGGUUCAAGAAGUUCUUUGACUCGCAGGCACCCAGCUUGGAGAACAAAAUGUCCUUGGCCAAUACCCCGGUGAUAAAACCCAUCAAACCGCGGGUUUUUGCCAAGGAGGAGGAAGCCCCCACCAAACAGCCGCAGUCGGAGCAAGUUCACGACGGGGACGAUGACAUCCUCAAGGAACUGAUUGGCGAAACUCAGACCUUAAGUCUCAAGAUAGAAAGUGCCAUUGAAAAUCGCGAUUUGUCCUACCGAAAGCUACUCAUGAUGGAGAAUCUGAUGAUGGAUAUGAUUAGCAAAAAUCAAAUGGUGGAUCUCUGUGAACGCAUCCAGGCGGUGAUCGUCGCUCCAAUGGACGGCCAGGCCGGCGGAGAGGAUGAAACCCCGUCAGAUGCUGCGGAUCCCAAUGAGGGAAUGUAUUAGGACAUAUUUUCAUUCGUAAAUAACUAUUUUAAUUUGUUAGGCAGAAAUCCAAUCUUAAAUUAAAGUACAUUAUUAAAUGUUUCAAGA